GUACACCUCCGCGUACGAUAUGGCCCAAUGGUAUACCAUGAGUGUAUACCUUGUUGUACGAGCAGCGGUUACUGCAAUUGUCGUGGGCAGCAGGCGCAUCCCCGUCCUUAGAAUUAUUACACAAAAGCUGAUAGAGUCUGAAUACGUCGCCAGUGCAGUUGAUAUGGAGUUACAAUCAACGGAUAAAUUCGUCAAGAAAUUUCAAGCUACCCGCUAUAAUAUUAAAAUCGCAUCGCAACCAAAACAGGCACCUCCACCACCGCCGCCGCCACCACCACCUCCUCCCCGCAGCGCAGCUCCACGCCCGGUCGCUUUAAUGACUUCAGGCGCAGUUCCUGUAACCGGAGGUAAGAAAAAUGAUGUACUGACAGACAAGUUCCCGCAGGCAGGACAAAAUAAAUUGAAGGCUGAAUUGACGCUCCGACUUCAAGGAAAGGCUGACCAGAUUGACGGGCUGAAUACAUCAUCCAUCAUCAAGAACGGUGCAGAUGUUAGUAUCACUCUAGGUAAGCGAAGAGGUCGCAUGCCUGACGCCGCGAGACUUAAGCCCUGCAAUUCAGAGGGCUCCACAUUCAAUUACGCUGGACGACUGACAACCGGUGGCAGCAUCGCAACGCUGAAAGAUAGGGCGAAACCGGCGAAUACGUUGGUGGAGCACCUUAGCAAGGGCUUCGAGAAGUUCAAGCACGUAAACUCGGAACAUCUAGAAAGUACCGACAAUUCUGAUUGGGAGGGGGAUGUAUGAGACAUUUGCCAGGAGAACAACGAAUCUGCCAAAGAAUUGAUCGCAAAUUCUGGCAGACCGACUUGAAAUACAAUCUAUGCUGAUGAUGACAAAAUUAAUUUUAUAUCUUAACCUGCCCCAUCGUUCAUUCCGAUGAAUUGUGUCGAACCGGUUCGAGGUUACGGAGAGCACCAGGAGAGAUGGCGAUAUAUAGCUAUAACUGCACCGCUGACAUAAUUCAGAUAUAUAUUGUGCGAGAAUUCACUGACGCAAAUGUACGAUGCCAUUCCUUAUUUCGCUGUGGAUAUAGGUCUGAUUAUGGUGUAAGUGUCCUAUAAUGUACGAGGAACAUGCAGUUAUGAGUGCAUUCACUAAUAAUACACAUCCAGAAACCGGAGUAAAUAUAUACCACUACCUACGCCAAUACUAAAUAUCAAAAGGCUGCAGCGUCAAGAUGACGAACUUUCGUUCAAUACGUAUAAGGAGGAUCUCUGCCAGUGUAAAGGCUGGCGGAAAUAUAAAGGCGCAGGACAAACCAUUGACAAAUGUACAUAUCGCGAAAAAAUCGAGAUGAGAAGUUCGAACUUUAAAUAAAGACUUGAAAGUGAA